AUGAGGAAAUCCAUCGUUCAAAAACUUGCAGCUUCGUUCACGCGGAGUAAAACCUCGCGCACUACAGCACAAAUAUCCGCGGAAUCGUCUGCCUCCGUUGCCAAUGUGUCACAAUCCACGCACUCAGCUGCGACGUCUCGCAAUCUCCGAGAGCUAUCGGCUCGACUGGAUGAUUACCUCGAGCGAGUCGACCGUACAGGGGAUGCGGUCGAUCUCGAUAUUAUUUCCAUGAGCCGUCAGAUAGAGAAAGUUAAGAAGUACACCAACGGAUCGUUACCUGAUAGCGUGGUAUCAUACGCAAUGAGUAACGAGAAUUUAAGCCUGGUCAAGGUGGCAGCUUGGAGCGCAAAAUCUGUUUAUGCUUCGGAUACAGCUCCUAUAGGGCACAUCGCUCGGUUGGAAGAGGUCUCUGAUUAUCAGCCCACACAACAUAUCGAAGAAAUUGACGCUUCGUUCCGCGACGGAACAGUCAAGGCCACUCGGGUCCAAAUGAUCUCUACUCACACAGAGCCAUCCUCCCUAUUGCUUGUCGUCGCGAUAAGAGGGUCAACCUCCAAGAGGCGAGACUGGACUAUCAAUUUUGAUGACAUUGGCAAUGGUACAGAAGGUGAAGGCUUUGUGGAUUCUGAAGACCGCAAAUACCAAGUCCAUGGCGGCUUUCUUGAAUGCGCAAAGGCAAUGGUCGGGAAAGUCUCCGAGGCCAUACUAUCCAUUCUCUCUAAACUCGAGACCGGAAGCUUCGACAGAGACAUUCAACUUCUCUUCACUGGACAUUCAGCUGGCGGAGCCGUUGCUUCAUUGCUAUAUGCACACAUGAUGUCAAAGAACUCUUCCGCUUUGGUUGAUCUCAAUUCAAGUCAGUCGCCAACCCUUCCAAAUACUAGGUAUUGA